AUGAACAGAUGGCUAAAUAUAAAUAAAUGUAUGAGUAGAAUUAUUCAUCCAUAUGUUUUAAGACCGAAGAAUUACAUACACCCAAAUUGGGUAUUUAAAUUUAGUACUUUAAAAGAUGAAAAUAAAAUAUUUCCUAAAAAAAACUUGAAUAAUAAUAUAUUAAUGCAAAAUAUAAAAGUUGCCGAUGAUGGAAAUGUUAUUUGCGAGCAAUUACUUUUUUCUAAGUACGAUCUACCCUAUGUUUUGAAAAUCCCGGUGAGCGACCUUCGGCUAAUUGACACAGGAAACAGUAAUCACAACCCCACAAUUUUAAUACGAAAAAAUGUGAUAUUACUUAGGACCGGAUUUAUUAGUUGCAUUAUCCGAUAUAAUGAAGCUUGGCUUUUUGAAGGUAGCAAUUCUGUAGUAAUAAAUGCAAAGGACUUAAUUAGUAGAAACAUAAAAAAAAAAAAUAUAAAAUCUAAGGAUAGUAAUAGUGAAGGGGGAAUUGAAAAAGUAUAUAACAAAAAUAGUUGCAUAGAUAAUGAAAAACAUAACACAAAACAGAUUAACGAAUUUUGUAAUGAUGAAAAAGAAGAACUAAACUAUUUAAAUAUAAUAAAUAAUUUUUACAGAUAUAAUAAAGGGAAAGCAUAUUUUGAAUUUCUAUGUUUAGAUAUAUGUAUGCAAUUAUCUAUUAAAGAAUAUGAAAAUGAUUUAGAAGGAAUAAAUUAUAAAAUACGUGAUAUUAUAUUAUUACAAAGGAAGGAAGAAAAUAAUGAAUUAAAUAUGCUAACAAAUAAAUUGUUAAGAGAUAUGAUGAAAAUCAAAAAUAAUUUACAAAAAUUGUCAAAUUUAUUAAAUGCAUUACGUACUAAUAUUGAAAAGAUUUUAAAUAAUGAAAGUGAUUUAAAAAAUAUGUAUUUAACUUAUUUAAAUAAUAAUACAUAUAAUAAUUUAAAAGAUUAUAGUGAUUUAGAAAUUUUAUUAGAAACACAUUUACAAUUAACAGAUGAAUUAUAUGGACAGUUAGAAAAUGUAGAAGAAAAAAUUACACAUUAUGAAGAAUUAAUGAGAUUAAAUUUAGAUUAUAAUAGAAAUAAAUUUAUUUUAUUAAAUGCAAAAAUAUCUUUUUCUACUCUUUUAUUUUCUAUAUCAUCAGUUGUUACAAGUUUAUUUGGAAUGAAUUUAAAAAAUUUUGUUGAAGAUAGUAACUAUGCUUUUACUCUUGUUUCUAUUUUUGUUUCUGUAUGGUCCAUAAUUGGAAUUUAUGCCACCAAAAAUAUAAAUACUCUUUUGAAAUUUUUUGAUCGCUACAAUUUUAGGUAG